AUGGACUUCCAGAUCAUCCACAAUGCAAUGAAAGAAUGCUCGGCUCUGGACUGCCUGCACUGCGUCCCAGAGAAAGCAGGAGGGGCCUGCGAGAUCACCACCGUAACCUGCCCACCGGACAAAGACGCGUGUGCCGCUGCCAAGUUCCGCAGAAGCCCAUACGGUCAUUACCAGAAGUGCAUGUCCAUGUCAGGCUGUGAGAUGGUGAAACAGAACGCUUUCAUCAACAUCAAGUGCUGUCAGAAGGACUUCUGCAACACCUUUGACUGAUCUGCCGCUGCCAUAUAUCAGCAUGACUCAUAAAACAGCUUUCAAUAAAAUAGACACAUGAAUCAAGUUACAUAUGUUUAUGCAUGUUUUUUAGAAAAAGUUUUUUUGUGCAAUGUUACAAAAACAGCCUGUUUCAAUGUGGUCAUUAAUAUUAAAAUAAACUAAGCAUGCUAGCAUUUUUGUUGAUGGUGUGAUUUACUUGCUUUUUAAUACAGAUAUCAUACAAAUACAUACACUCUCACUUCACAGAAAAUUGUUUAUAAAUGAUUUUAAAAAUAUAUACAAAAUUACCAAUAAAAUGCAAUAGAAGACUAUUUACAUCACAAACAAAUAUAUUGCAAUAUUAUUAGUGCAUAUCAUUUGCAUUAAUUGAGUAAUACAAAGGGGUUACAAAAAUGUAAAACCUAAUAUAAAAACAUCCUUAAAAAUGUUUUAUUUAGUGAUCAGUAAAACCUUUUUAUUUUACUAAUCAUCAGUCGGUCCAGGAGCCAGCUGAUUUGUUUUUAUUAUUUUUAUUAUUAUUAUUAUUUUUGUUAUUAUUAUUACUUUUUUUUUCAACUGCUUAAACACCUUUUCAAAACUUUGCACACAAAUCCAAGAAUUGCACCCACAAAAUGCAAAAUGCCUCACAUCGCUUGCAAAAUGAAGCACUGCAUUCAAAAUAUCACAAACACAUCUCAAAAGUAAACACCUUUGCCAUAAUAUUAAUUCCUGUUAAAUGUUUGUGUGUUACAUAGAGAAUUGUGUGUUGUGUUUUGCAAAAAGAGUUUUAUGAAAUUGAAAACUGAGUCAAAGGCUGAGAAUUAGUGUAUGGUUUUGCAGAUUUGAUAUGUGGUUCUGCUGUUUGAGUGUCAGCUUUCAGGAAUUGUGUGACAAAGAUUUUGUGUAUAUGCAGUUGAAAAAAAAACUGUAUAACUUGUGUUUAUGAUUAUUUUUUAUUGAUAUAUGCUUGUAUGUUGUUUGUUUUAUUUGUGUACUGUAUUUGCACAUUUGAUUCGUAUGUUUUGAUAUGAAUGAAUAUGAAUUGAUA